AUGCAAGAAUCAAGAGAGAACCAGAAUAGCUUUGCGGCCUCUCGAAGAGAAUCCUCCUCAUCUACACUCUUAGGGACAGUUUCAUUUGAAGGGCUGAAAAAUGGCCCAUCCAGGGAAAAUAACGAUGACACUGGCAAUACAUAUAAUGGGUUGAGCAAACUUCAGGAUGAUAACGCUGCUCCGCCAGAUCUUCUGCCAUCAUUUGAACUGUAUGAAAACUUGCACAGUAAUAUACCUCAGUCCAGUUUUGAUUCUUACUUUCAUGAAGGACCACCUUAUUACGAGGACGCUGCUGGCAGCCGAGACUCUUCCGUAGACGUACUUUGUCGGCCUAAUUUUGAGAGGAUUAGCGGUAAUACCGCUAGCUCAGAAAAUUCUGAGACGGGCCUCAAUACCCAACAGUUGCCCUCUGAUUCUUCACACUCUCACUCUUCUAAUACUCCGGCUUCUAAUUAUGUUGGUACAAAAAAUAUACCAGUUGAAAGAAUAUACGCUCUGCCUAGAGUUAAAACUUCUAUAGCCAUCGAGCUGUACGUUACAAAGACUGCUCCGAAGUUUGGGCAGACUCCAAAAUACGAGAGCAUGCUAAAAGAAUUUACGUCUGGUGACAUAAUCCAUGGAUAUUUUACGGUAGAGAACAAAUCGUCCAAAACAAUAAAAUUCGACAUGUUUUAUUUGACCUUAGAAGGUACGGUAAGUUCAAUAACAAAAUCAUGUCUUGGAAAUCGAAAAACAACGAAAAGGUUUCUACGAAUGGUAGAUUUGGCUGCGAGUUGGUCAUAUAAUCAGGAGGAUAUGAAUACUCACGAGAAUCUCUGCGGAUAUAUUGAUUCGAUUGAUCACACAAAAUUUGGACUAACUAACGCUAGAACUCUAAAUCCAGGCGAUAAACGUAAGAAAUUUUUCACAUUUAAGAUUCCAAACCAAUUACUAGAUACAACGUGCAAACACGGGCACUUCCCACAUUCACUUCUACCUCCGAGUUUGGGCUUUCACAGACCGCUCGGCUCUAAUGGAGAUGUCGCUAAUUUGAAGCCUUCACGCAGUUUGGGUUAUGGUCGUUUGUCAGAAAAGGGUUCACAACUUUCACUGAUUGACAAUUCCUGUGGUAACCUUGUCGAUUACUCAAUAAAUGGUAUGCUUGUAGGAAAAGAUACAUCCGGGGGUAUGUGCGUGGUUGGUGAGAGUAAAUAUAGUAUCAGAAUAAUUCCGUUUGGUUUUGACUCCAAACCCAUCAGUGAGAAGAAGUGUCUCAAAGAUUUGGAAAAUUUCGAUGCCGCAGUUACAAAGAGACUAGAAAAAAUAAGAAGUAUUCUCUCCAAAUCAAAACGAACAAUUUCAAUCAAUGAGGAGGAUAUUCGGGGAGCAAACGAUCAGGCAACGUCGCCAAGAAGGAAGUAUUUGUGGAAUCCUGAGCCUGGAAAUGUUGAGAGUGGAGAAUUUGAAAAGAAAUCCUAUUCUGAAGAAGGCAUCAUCGAAUCUGAAAUGAGCUACUCGACGACCUCCAUUAUUAACACGGGUCUUAAAAGUAUAUUUCGUAAAGGCUUAUAUAACACGCCCUCAUCUCAGCUGGAGAAUUCUACCGAGAAAAAUGGACUGAUAAUGAUAAAAGUAAAGCUUCCCAGUAGCUCUUUGCCAUAUUGGAGCCCUACUUUAAUUCAAAAGCAGAAUGUGUUCUCCAUGAAAAACAAGCAAGGCCAACAAAACUGGUCAGAUUUGAGAAACCUCCUCUCGAGUGAAGAAGGAGAAAAAUUGGAGAGUCUACAAAUAGAGCUCGUAUGUGUUCAGGCGGCUAACAACGUUCCCCAUGAGCCUCCUAACCUUACUAGUUCACAGAUAGAACUGGUUUGUUUAACAGAAAAAACAGAAGACUGUAAACCAGUGGAGUUUCACUCUGACCUGCUUUUGAAUGAGCGCAGGUAUAACGAAGUUAAAAAAGGGUUCCAAGAAAUGUUGGAAACCGUUAAGACGUACUGUGACGAUUUCUCUCAUAAUCAAACAAGGAUUAACUCGCUCCUUACUGAAGAUGCAGAAGCAAGUCUGGGUAAUAAGGAACUCGUGUUUUCUAGUUUGAUGCCGUUGAGUGUAAUAAAUGACGUACAAGCCUUAGCUCAUAUGGAAGUUGAUGUUGCUGUAAUAAAGAAUGCAUUGGAAUCAAAAUUGGUUGCGGCAAAGAAUGUGCACUCUAAUGCUUCAUCUUCCAGUAUGAUUCCACAAGCAUCUCGCAGCAUAAUAAAGAACGCUUCACCAAGCAGUCGUGGCUCGAUAUUCUCGCAUGCGAAAUCAAAUGAAUGGAAUCGCGUCAAUACAACAGAAUAUAGGAAAACACUAUCAUUGCAUGUAAAAUUUAACGAUGAAUAUAAAGGUACUUUAGUGCCUAGUUUCCGAAACUGUCUAUGCUCUAGAUCUUAUUUCCUUCGAGUAAAACUUUACUUCGAUAAAGGCGCAGGGACGUCUCAGAUUGACGUUCCUAUCCAAAUCAGAAACUCACACAUCAAUUAG